AUGCAUGAUUUGCAAGCUUUGGUGACAAGUAAGGAGUUUGCAAGUUCAAGAUUUGCCAAAGAGAAAAAAGGAAAUGGUGCCAUUGAUAUCAUUUUAGAUGAACAAUUUUGGAAGGAUUGCUUUAUCACUGUUAAGAUUGUUGAGCCACUUAUGCGUCUCUUGCGUAUUGUUGAUGGAAAUGAGAAACCGUCCAUGGGAUAUGUUUAUGAAGGCAUGUAUAGGGCAAUCAAAGGUAUUAAAGAUAUUUUUAAGAGAAAUAAGAGGUUGUAUAGGCCUUACACAACAAUCAUUAAAACUCGUUGGGAUAAUCAAUUGCGGAAGAAUAUACAUGCGGCUGCUUAUUGGUUGAACCCAGCUUUUCAAUAUGAUCAAGCUUCAUUUUGCAAAAAGCCAGAGGUUAUGAAUAGUAUUCUUGAUGUCAUUGAAACUAAAGCCACAUCAAGUAAAACGAAACUCAUGAAUGAACUUAGAUUGUUUCGAGAUCGACAAGACAGUUUUGGAAGAGAGCUUGUCAUUACUACAUCAAAGAAAACACAACGUUGUAAUCUCUCUCUCUUUUUUUAA